GUAAACAAACAUCUGUUAAUUUCGCGAUUUCUAAUGAAUCAUAUCAAAUCGAGACGAGGCGGAAGGAUGAAGCAGGGCGAGUUGCGACGCGCUUUGAUGAUCGUUACUCUCUUCUGCAUAUUUCUCUUCAUCUACCUGUACUGGCAGCAAUCCAAGAAACUUACUCCUACGUUAGUUUAUAAUUACAAGCACGUCUACAGUUCCUACAAAAACAAAACUGUUUUACCUCGAAAUCUAUUAGCCUUCAAAAAUAAGAGCAGAGUGAAACAUUUGAAAUCCCACCCUUCCCAGUGGACAUGGGAUUGCGUAAAUCAGCGCUGUGAGAAACGUCAUAAAAAAGAAUCGCAACAGCCCGUAUCACUUGCAACAUGUAGUAUGUUAUGCGGUUCGACCCAACUCUGGCCCCAACCUACAGGGCCCGUUACAUUGGGGAGUAGGGCCGUCACAUUCAAACACACUCAACUAGAGUUCGAAAGCAACGUGGUUGGACCAGCUCAGCCUUUGCUGAUUCAAGCCUACAACACCUUCAACGAUAACGUUGUCAGUCUAGUCGAGAGAAAAGACUACUUACUAGAAAAGAGUGAUAUUCAAGUUUUUUUUAUAAGAGUUUACAUCACGCAGCCUGCUGUGGUUAGGUUGAAACUAACCACAGACGAAAGCUACAGCAUAGUUUUGAAGCCUCAUGAAAAUGAAGUCAUUGCCAACAUAACAGCGAAAACAUUUUUCGGUGCCAGACACGGACUCGAAACUCUAUCUCAGCUGAUAUGGUGGGACGAGCACGCAAACGGAGGAAUGUUGAAAGUCAUCAGAGGAGCCACGGUUCAAGACAGUCCCAUUUUCGCUUACAGAGGGCUCAUGGUUGAUACGGCGCGAAACUUCAUGUCAGUUGAGAGCCUGAAGAGGGUGCUGGCAGGAAUGUCGGCAAGUAAACUAAAUGUUUUUCACUGGCAUGUGAGUGAUACUCAAAGUUUUCCAUUGAUUGUUCCUAGUGUUCCACAACUGGCGGAGUCUGGAUCUUAUGGUCCCGAAAUGACGUAUUCUCCUGAAGAGGUUAGAGCCUUGGUGGAAUUCGCAAGAAUGAGGGGAAUACGUGUGCUUUUGGAGGUCGACACGCCUGCGCAUGCCGGAAAUGGAUGGGCUUGGGGACCGAAAGAGGGUCUGGGCGAACUAGCAGUAUGUAUUAACGAACGUCCAUGGAGCUUGUAUUGUGGGGAACCGCCUUGUGGACAGCUCAAUCCCGAAAAUCCUCACGUUUACGAGGUAUUGGAGAAACUUUAUAGAGACCUUCUUGAUCUCAGUGAUGAACGAGAAAUCUUCCAUAUAGGAGGUGACGAAGUUAAUUUAGAGUGCUGGGCCCAACACUUUCAGAAGGGAAGUACUGCGUACAAUUACACUGAUCUCCAUGAACUAUGGGGAGAAUUCAUGCAGAAAGCUAUGAAGAAACUCACCGCUGCUAAUGGUGGCGUGAAAAUUCCACACGUUAUAGUGUGGUCUAGUAAACUUACUAAAAGGCCUUAUGUCAACAAGUUUUUGGAUAAGUCAAACGUGGUUGUUCAAAGUUGGGGAGGAAGCCAGUGGCUUGAUACUCCGGAUCUCAUAGCUGACGGAUACAAAGUGAUAAUUUCUCAUGUGGACGCCUGGUAUCUAGACUGUGGCUUUGGAAGAUGGAGAGAAACCGGUGAUGCUGCUUGUGAUCCCUAUCGCCCUUGGCAAACAGUCUACAACCAUAGACCUUGGCAACAAGUGCAUCUCGAUAAAAAAUUCAUCAUAGGUGGCGAGGCCUGUCUUUGGAGCGAGCAGUUCGACGAAGGCUCCCUUGACGCACGCCUCUGGCCCCGGGCGGCUGCGUUCGCUGAAAGGGUGUGGAGUGAUCCUCAACUGGACUUAGCUACUCUUAACAUCCAGGAAGAUGUUUAUACAAGGCUGAGCACUCAAAGAGAUAGGUUAGUGAGCAGAGGAAUAGGCGCGGAGGCCCUGUGGCCUGAAUGGUGUACUCAAAAUCCAGGCAUGUGCCUUUGACGACUGUGUGUGAAUCUAGGGAUUUUUGUACAUAUUUAUAAUUUUCAUACCCUGCACAGUGAUAUUAGUAUAGAGAUUUUUAGAACAAUUAUAGAUUUAAUGAACAUAAUGAAUAUUUGUGUGACGUGACGAAGUUUUGUUUUCCGAUAUUGUUCACGUCGGAAAACUCUCAUCAUUUUAUGCAAUGUACAAAACGCUUAGAUCUCCACUUGUUGAUCAUUGGAGACUUUCACAAGGUAAUUUUUUGAAGAUUCAUAUUACAGUUGAAAUAAUUCAUAUCAAUUUAAAUUAAAAAUUAAUUGUAUUUAUCGUCUUCAAUUCAUUCUUAGUUGUAUGGAAUGGCCUAAUUGGUGGAUUUAUCAUUCGUAUGACUUGAAUUUAAUAUAAUCGAAAAGGAAUUUGAUCUACGAAAGGGAUCUUUAGUGAAAAUGAAUGAGUUAAUAAAAUUCAUUUGUUAAUAUGACAAAAUUCUCAUCAGUGUGAGAAAUAACUCAUCUGAAAUGUCUCAGUUGCUAAGAUUAUCUGAGAAGUGAUUCAAAUUUCGUAAACAUAGAUAUUUAUAAAGCAUGUUAAAUUUGAAGAAAUAUAUAAGGACUCGGCUAAUAUAAUUAGCUUUUCGAUUUUUUUCGUUCCUACAUAUCUUCCUUGACGAAAUUAUCUUGAAGUGCAGCAUAUUUUAUUAUUAAACAAUCACAAAUUAUUCUCGAAUGACUUUGAUAAUAAAAAUAUUUAAUA